UUGUGAAGUUCCCCGGCUACCAUCCAAUCUCUUAACAUCCAACUUACUGUGCCUUGGGAGUGUGACUUACAAUACGACCUGUCAUUUCGUUUGUGAUGUUGGAUACAAUCUAACUGGCGAAUCGUCUGUGACCUGUCUGGAGGACACUACUUUGUCAGCUCCUCUCCCUUCGUGCGAAGUUGUGACUUGUCAACUUCCUGAGGUAUUCUCGGCAGAACUCUCUUCUCUAUCUGGAAACUGUGAUGCAGGGAGCUCUAUUGACUUCGAAACAACCUGUUUCUUUGAGUGCUCCAUAGGAUAUACUGUGAUCGGUGGAGAGGAUGUCACCUGUCAGAGUGAUGGAGAACUAUCAGCACCUAUUCCUACCUGUGGGGUUGUAUCCUGUUCCAUACCCGAGCUUCCACCACGUCUAUCUCCUGUGGCGUCACAAUGCGAUGCAGGACUAUCCAUCAAUUACACAGAAAGCUGUUCAUACUCAUGUGAUGUAGGAUAUAAUCGUGUUGGAUCUGCAUCAGUAACAUGUCUGGCAAACACGUCUCUCUCUGAUUUUUUGCCUUCAUGUGAAGUUGAGACCUGCAACGUUUCUCAGCUGCCAUUCAACCUUUCAUCUUUAUGCAUGGAGGGACAGAAUGUGGCAUACAAUAAAACAUGUGAUUUUUCCUGCAACAUUGGCUACGACCUUAUUGGGAUGUCAUCUCUAGCCUGCCUAGCCAACGGAACCUUCUCUAAUGAUAUUCCAACAUGUCAAAUUGUAUCCUGUUCCGUACCCGAGCUUCCACCACGUCUAUCUCCUAUGGCGUCACAAUGCGAUGCAGGACUAUCCAUCAAUUACACAGAAAGCUGUUUAUACUCAUGUGAUGUAGGAUAUAAUCUUGUUGGAUCUGCAUCAGUAAGGUGUCUGGCAAACACGUCUCUCUCUGAUUUUCUGCCUCAAUGUGAAGUUGAGACCUGUAACGUACCACAGCUGCCACCCAACCUCCAAUCUUCAUGCACGGAGGGACAGAAUGUUGCAUACAAUACAACAUGCGAUUUUUCCUGCAACCUUGGCUACGACCUUAUUGGGAUGUCAUCUCUAGCCUGCCUAGCCAACGGAACGUUCUCUGAUGACGUUCCAACAUGUGAAAUCGUAGCUUGUGAAGUUCCCCAGCUACCAUCCAAUCUCUUAACAUCCAAUGUAUUGUGCCUUGGAAGUGUGACUUACAAUACGACCUGUCAUUUCGUUUGUGAUGUUGGAUACAAUCUAACUGGCGAAUCGUCCGUGACCUGUCUGGAGGACACUACUUUGUCAGCUCCUCUCCCUUCGUGCGAAGUUGUGACUUGUCCGCUUCCUGAGGUAUUCUCGGCAGAACUCUCUUCUCUAUCUGGAAACUGUGAUGCAGGGAGCUCUAUUGACUUCGAAACAACCUGUAUCUUUGAGUGCUCCAUAGGAUAUACUGUGAUCAGUGGAGAGGAUGUCACCUGUCAGAGUGAUGGAGAACUAUCAGCACCUUUUCCUACCUGUGCGGUUGUAUCCUGUUCCAUACCCGAGCUUCCACCACGUCUAUCUCCUGUGGCGUCACAAUGCGAUGCAGGACUAUCCAUCAAUUACACAGAAAGCUGUUCAUACUCAUGUGAUGUAGGAUAUAAUCGUGUUGGAUCUGCAUCAGUAACAUGUCUGGCAAACACGUCUCUCUCUGAUUUUUUGCCUUCAUGUGAAGUUGAGACCUGCAACGUUUCUCAGCUGCCAUUCAACCUUUCAUCUUUAUGCAUGGAGGGACAGAAUGUGGCAUACAAUAAAACAUGUGAUUUUUCCUGCAACAUUGGCUACGACCUUAUUGGGAUGUCAUCUCUAGCCUGCCUAGCCAACGGAACCUUCUCUAAUGAUAUUCCAACAUGUCAAAUUGUAUCCUGUUCCGUACCCGAGCUUCCACCACGUCUAUCUCCUAUGGCGUCACAAUGCGAUGCAGGACUAUCCAUCAAUUACACAGAAAGCUGUUUAUACUCAUGUGAUGUAGGAUAUAAUCUUGUUGGAUCUGCAUCAGUAAGGUGUCUGGCAAACACGUCUCUCUCUGAUUUUCUGCCUCAAUGUGAAGUUGAGACCUGUAACGUACCACAGCUGCCACCCAACCUCCAAUCUUCAUGCACGGAGGGACAGAAUGUUGCAUACAAUACAACAUGCGAUUUUUCCUGCAACCUUGGCUACGACCUUAUUGGGAUGUCAUCUCUAGCCUGCCUAGCCAACGGAACGUUCUCUGAUGACGUUCCAACAUGUGAAAUCGUAGCUUGUGAAGUUCCCCAGCUACCAUCCAAUCUCUUAACAUCCAAUGUAUUGUGCCUUGGAAGUGUGACUUACAAUACGACCUGUCAUUUCGUUUGUGAUGUUGGAUACAAUCUAACUGGCGAAUCGUCCGUGACCUGUCUGGAGGACACUACUUUGUCAGCUCCUCUCCCUUCGUGCGAAGUUGUGACUUGUCCGCUUCCUGAGGUAUUCUCGGCAGAACUCUCUUCUCUAUCUGGAAACUGUGAUGCAGGGAGCUCUAUUGACUUCGAAACAACCUGUAUCUUUGAGUGCUCCAUAGGAUAUACUGUGAUCAGUGGAGAGGAUGUCACCUGUCAGAGUGAUGGAGAACUAUCAGCACCUUUUCCUACCUGUGCGGUUGUAUCCUGUUCCAUACCCGAGCUUCCACCACGUCUAUCUCCUGUGGCGUCACAAUGCGAUGCAGGACUAUCCAUCAAUUACACAGAAAGCUGUUCAUACUCAUGUGAUGUAGGAUAUAAUCGUGUUGGAUCUGCAUCAGUAACAUGUCUGGCAAACACGUCUCUCUCUGAUUUUUUGCCUUCAUGUGAAGUUGAGACCUGCAACGUUUCUCAGCUGCCAUUCAACCUUUCAUCUUUAUGCAUGGAGGGACAGAAUGUGGCAUACAAUAAAACAUGUGAUUUUUCCUGCAACAUUGGCUACGACCUUAUUGGGAUGUCAUCUCUAGCCUGCCUAGCCAACGGAACCUUCUCUAAUGAUAUUCCAACAUGUCAAAUUGUAUCCUGUUCCGUACCCGAGCUUCCACCACGUCUAUCUCCUAUGGCGUCACAAUGCGAUGCAGGACUAUCCAUCAAUUACACAGAAAGCUGUUUAUACUCAUGUGAUGUAGGAUAUAAUCUUGUUGGAUCUGCAUCAGUAAGGUGUCUGGCAAACACGUCUCUCUCUGAUUUUCUGCCUCAAUGUGAAGUUGAGACCUGUAACGUACCACAGCUGCCACCCAACCUCCAAUCUUCAUGCACGGAGGGACAGAAUGUUGCAUACAAUACAACAUGCGAUUUUUCCUGCAACCUUGGCUACGACCUUAUUGGGAUGUCAUCUCUAGCCUGCCUAGCCAACGGAACGUUCUCUGAUGACGUUCCAACAUGUGAAAUCGUAGCUUGUGAAGUUCCCCAGCUACCAUCCAAUCUCUUAACAUCCAAUGUAUUGUGCCUUGGAAGUGUGACUUACAAUACGACCUGUCAUUUCGUUUGUGAUGUUGGAUACAAUCUAACUGGCGAAUCGUCCGUGACCUGUCUGGAGGACACUACUUUGUCAGCUCCUCUCCCUUCGUGCGAAGUUGUGACUUGUCCGCUUCCUGAGGUAUUCUCGGCAGAACUCUCUUCUCUAUCUGGAAACUGUGAUGCAGGGAGCUCUAUUGACUUCGAAACAACCUGUAUCUUUGAGUGCUCCAUAGGAUAUACUGUGAUCAGUGGAGAGGAUGUCACCUGUCAGAGUGAUGGAGAACUAUCAGCACCUUUUCCUACCUGUGCGGUUGUAUCCUGUUCCAUACCCGAGCUUCCACCACGUCUAUCUCCUGUGGCGUCACAAUGCGAUGCAGGACUAUCCAUCAAUUACACAGAAAGCUGUUCAUACUCAUGUGAUGUAGGAUAUAAUCGUGUUGGAUCUGCAUCAGUAACAUGUCUGGCAAACACGUCUCUCUCUGAUUUUUUGCCUUCAUGUGAAGUUGAGACCUGCAACGUUUCUCAGCUGCCAUUCAACCUUUCAUCUUUAUGCAUGGAGGGACAGAAUGUGGCAUACAAUAAAACAUGUGAUUUUUCCUGCAACAUUGGCUACGACCUUAUUGGGAUGUCAUCUCUAGCCUGCCUAGCCAACGGAACCUUCUCUAAUGAUAUUCCAACAUGUCAAAUUGUAUCCUGUUCCGUACCCGAGCUUCCACCACGUCUAUCUCCUAUGGCGUCACAAUGCGAUGCAGGACUAUCCAUCAAUUACACAGAAAGCUGUUUAUACUCAUGUGAUGUAGGAUAUAAUCUUGUUGGAUCUGCAUCAGUAAGGUGUCUGGCAAACACGUCUCUCUCUGAUUUUCUGCCUCAAUGUGAAGUUGAGACCUGUAACGUACCACAGCUGCCACCCAACCUCCAAUCUUCAUGCACGGAGGGACAGAAUGUUGCAUACAAUACAACAUGCGAUUUUUCCUGCAACCUUGGCUACGACCUUAUUGGGAUGUCAUCUCUAGCCUGCCUAGCCAACGGAACGUUCUCUGAUGACGUUCCAACAUGUGAAAUCGUAGCUUGUGAAGUUCCCCAGCUACCAUCCAAUCUCUUAACAUCCAAUGUAUUGUGCCUUGGAAGUGUGACUUACAAUACGACCUGUCAUUUCGUUUGUGAUGUUGGAUACAAUCUAACUGGCGAAUCGUCCGUGACCUGUCUGGAGGACACUACUUUGUCAGCUCCUCUCCCUUCGUGCGAAGUUGUGACUUGUCCGCUUCCUGAGGUAUUCUCGGCAGAACUCUCUUCUCUAUCUGGAAACUGUGAUGCAGGGAGCUCUAUUGACUUCGAAACAACCUGUAUCUUUGAGUGCUCCAUAGGAUAUACUGUGAUCAGUGGAGAGGAUGUCACCUGUCAGAGUGAUGGAGAACUAUCAGCACCUUUUCCUACCUGUGCGGUUGUAUCCUGUUCCAUACCCGAGCUUCCACCACGUCUAUCUCCUGUGGCGUCACAAUGCGAUGCAGGACUAUCCAUCAAUUACACAGAAAGCUGUUCAUACUCAUGUGAUGUAGGAUAUAAUCGUGUUGGAUCUGCAUCAGUAACAUGUCUGGCAAACACGUCUCUCUCUGAUUUUUUGCCUUCAUGUGAAGUUGAGACCUGCAACGUUUCUCAGCUGCCAUUCAACCUUUCAUCUUUAUGCAUGGAGGGACAGAAUGUGGCAUACAAUAAAACAUGUGAUUUUUCCUGCAACAUUGGCUACGACCUUAUUGGGAUGUCAUCUCUAGCCUGCCUAGCCAACGGAACCUUCUCUAAUGAUAUUCCAACAUGUCAAAUUGUAUCCUGUUCCGUACCCGAGCUUCCACCACGUCUAUCUCCUAUGGCGUCACAAUGCGAUGCAGGACUAUCCAUCAAUUACACAGAAAGCUGUUUAUACUCAUGUGAUGUAGGAUAUAAUCUUGUUGGAUCUGCAUCAGUAAGGUGUCUGGCAAACACGUCUCUCUCUGAUUUUCUGCCUCAAUGUGAAGUUGAGACCUGUAACGUACCACAGCUGCCACCCAACCUCCAAUCUUCAUGCACGGAGGGACAGAAUGUUGCAUACAAUACAACAUGCGAUUUUUCCUGCAACCUUGGCUACGACCUUAUUGGGAUGUCAUCUCUAGCCUGCCUAGCCAACGGAACGUUCUCUGAUGACGUUCCAACAUGUGAAAUCGUAGCUUGUGAAGUUCCCCAGCUACCAUCCAAUCUCUUAACAUCCAAUGUAUUGUGCCUUGGAAGUGUGACUUACAAUACGACCUGUCAUUUCGUUUGUGAUGUUGGAUACAAUCUAACUGGCGAAUCGUCCGUGACCUGUCUGGAGGACACUACUUUGUCAGCUCCUCUCCCUUCGUGCGAAGUUGUGACUUGUCCGCUUCCUGAGGUAUUCUCGGCAGAACUCUCUUCUCUAUCUGGAAACUGUGAUGCAGGGAGCUCUAUUGACUUCGAAACAACCUGUAUCUUUGAGUGCUCCAUAGGAUAUACUGUGAUCGGUGGAGAGGAUGUCACCUGUCAGAGUGAUGGAGAACUAUCAGCACCUUUUCCUACCUGUGCGGUUGUAUCCUGUUCCAUACCCGAGCUUCCACCACGUCUAUCUCCUGUGGCGUCACAAUGCGAUGCAGGACUAUCCAUCAAUUACACAGAAAGCUGUUCAUACUCAUGUGAUGUAGGAUAUAAUCGUGUUGGAUCUGCAUCAGUAACAUGUCUGGCAAACACGUCUCUCUCUGAUUUUUUGCCUUCAUGUGAAGUUGAGACCUGCAACGUUUCUCAGCUGCCAUUCAACCUUUCAUCUUUAUGCAUGGAGGGACAGAAUGUGGCAUACAAUAAAACAUGUGAUUUUUCCUGCAACAUUGGCUACGACCUUAUUGGGAUGUCAUCUCUAGCCUGCCUAGCCAACGGAACCUUCUCUAAUGAUAUUCCAACAUGUCAAAUUGUAUCCUGUUCCGUACCCGAGCUUCCACCACGUCUAUCUCCUAUGGCGUCACAAUGCGAUGCAGGACUAUCCAUCAAUUACACAGAAAGCUGUUUAUACUCAUGUGAUGUAGGAUAUAAUCUUGUUGGAUCUGCAUCAGUAAGGUGUCUGGCAAACACGUCUCUCUCUGAUUUUCUGCCUCAAUGUGAAGUUGAGACCUGUAACGUACCACAGCUGCCACCCAACCUCCAAUCUUCAUGCACGGAGGGACAGAAUGUUGCAUACAAUACAACAUGCGAUUUUUCCUGCAACCUUGGCUACGACCUUAUUGGGAUGUCAUCUCUAGCCUGCCUAGCCAACGGAACGUUCUCUGAUGACGUUCCAACAUGUGAAAUCGUAGCUUGUGAAGUUCCCCAGCUACCAUCCAAUCUCUUAACAUCCAAUGUAUUGUGCCUUGGGAGUGUGACUUACAAUACGACCUGUCAUUUCGUUUGUGAUGUUGGAUACAAUCUAACUGGCGAAUCGUCUGUGACCUGUCUGGAGGACACUACUUUGUCAGCUCCUCUCCCUUCGUGCGAAGUUGUGACUUGUCCACUUCCUGAGGUAUUCUCGGCAGAACUCUCUUCUCUAUCUGGAAACUGUGAUGCAGGGAGCUCUAUUGACUUCGAAACAACCUGUAUCUUUGAGUGCUCCAUAGGAUAUACUGUGAUCGGUGGAGAGGAUGUCACCUGUCAGAGUGAUGGAGAACUAUCAGCACCUUUUCCUACCUGUGCGGCUGUAUCAUGUUCCAUACCCGAGCUUCAACCACGUCUAUCUCCUAUGGCGUCACAAUGCGAUGCAGGACUAUCCAUCUCUUACACAGAAAGCUGUUCAUACUCAUGUGAUGAAGGAUAUAAUCUUGUUGGAUCUGCAUCAGUAAUGUGUCUGGCAAACACGUCUCUCUCUGAUUUUCUCCCUUUAUGUGAAGUUGUGACCUGUAACGUACCACAGCUGCCACCUUACCUUUCAUCUUCAUGCAAGGAGGGACAGAAUGUGGCAUACAAUGCAAAAUGUGCAUUUUCCUGCAACAUUGGCUACGACCUUAUUGGUGGGAUGUCAUCUCUUGCCUGCCUAGCCAACGGAACCUUCUCUGAUGACAUUCUAAGAUGUCAAAUUGUCACGUGUAGCAUCCCAUCUUUUCCGGCAAACCUCACCACUGACAACACACAAUGCGGUACAGAGAUGAGGAGAGACUACAACACAUCGUGCAUGUAUGAAUGUCAGCCCGGAUAUGACCUCAUCGGUAACUCGUCUGUCAUGUGUCAGGCUAGUGGGGCGUUGUCCGCUGAUCUACCAACUUGUGAAGGCAUGUCAAUCUGACAAUUAUUAUUAGAAAAUUCACACGAAUAACUUUAAACAUAUUUCAGUUCUUGUAACAAAGUCCAGGACUGAGUGUGAUAGUUCUACAUGUUAAAAUAAAAAUCCCGUGUGCAAUGUAUAUGUUUGUAGAUAAUUUCAUUUUUAAUAAGAAUAUGGAAAGUAUUAAAUU